AAUUGUUGCAGGCAAUUUUCCGCAUGCAUUCCACUCUGCAACUGCGGCCCUUAACAGCUCGCAAUCUCGAGGCUGGCAAGGCAUUAUGCAUGCUCAUGGCGCUAUGCCUUCUUCCUGCAGAGAGGAUACAGACUGGGCUACGUGUCAUAAGACAUUAUUUAAUAACGCAUGGCCUACUACAGAAUUUUAGACCGCUGUUGAUGUACAUGGAGAACACAUGGAUGCGACUGAUUGGACCUGAGACGUUCAGCGUGUUCGGCCAGUGCCACCGCACUAAUAAUGCCCUGGAAGGCUUCUACAGUCGGCUUCUUCAGAGAAUGGGGCCUCACCCUGGAGUCUGGCAGUUCCAUGGUGAAUUAAGGGCGAUUGAAAGUGCCCAAUACCUAGAUUACAGAAGAGUAUCUGACGGUAUCGCACAUGUACGUCCAAUACGCAGGGCAUACAGACGUCAAAAUACGACAAUAUUUCUAGAAUCAGAGCGACUGGUGCAAGGCACAUAUAAUGAGGCUCAGUUUCUGGACAUAAUGUCAAAUUCAACCAGAGGGCUACAGCAGAGAUGGGGAGUAGUGUUUCCAGCUGUCGGAGAUACACGCCCGGCUGUCCCAACUAUGCCUCCACCACUUAUUAACCAGGAACCAACUGAUGCUGCUCCAGCACCACCAGCUGCUUCAGCCACUAUCCCACAACCGGCCGCAGGAGCAGCCUCUACUCCUGCCCGUCGGCCUACAGCUGCGUCAGCCACUAUCCCACAACCGGCCGCAGGAGAAGCCUCUACUCCUGCCCGUCGUCCUACAGCUGCGUCAGCCACUAUCUUACAAACCGGCCGCAGGAGCAGCCUCUACUCCUGCCCGUCGUCCUACAGCUGCGUCAGCCGCUCCCCCAGCAGACGCAGCUCCUAUAAUUCAAAACGCAGCAGGAGUGCCUCGUAA